AUGCUGAUGCUGAGGCCUGUAACACUUCUGCUGCUGCUGCUGCUACCGUCGGUCCUGCUGGUGAGCAGGCAGAGGAACCUGAAAGAGCUCUAUGCUGGAUGCAAGUCUCAUGUAGGCGUUGAUGCGGUGUCGCUCCGGACUUGCAGCGACGAUGCAGAGACAACAGCGCCGUCCGAGUCGUCUCGGCCUGCCGUUUGCUGCUUGGCUAGUAAUAGUAUGGAGGGCUCAAUACUAUGUACUCUCGCGCCUGCGCCUGCGUCUGCUUCUGCGUCUGCCUCGCUUCUGCGUCGACAACAAGCCGCAGCCGGGCCCGAUGUUGAGGCCCAAAGCCCGGGGAAACGAGGGCAGAUGAACAAGAAAGCAAGAGAGCAAGAGGACGAGAUGAAGAGAGGAGCCGCUGCACAAAGGUUGCCGAGCUGA